AUGGCGCCGGUGCCCCUAGAACCGGAAGUGAAAUAUCUGCCUUUGAGUAUGAUCGGUGGCCACGCGAUCGCAGUUGCAUCCCUUAGCUUCACUGUUGUCCGAAGUCUGUACAGAGCGUACCAUGAUCAGCCGCCAUCUCAAAGGACGAGAGCAAGACUCGAUCUGCGCUCAAAGCUUGCUCCCCUCUUUGCAGGUUUGGCACUCGUCAGCUUGUCUCUCGCAAGUUACUGGACUUUGAGCUAUGCGAAGCUUUCAUAUCGUGUCUGGGCAGAUCAGCGCGGAGUAGAAGCCCCAGUUCGCUUUUACGGCGAUCAUGGAUUUUUCCCCGGCGAGAACGCGACUCGGGUUUAUCCCGGACGCUGGUUGAGUGACACCCCAGUCCACUUGGACGCCCUGGAGAUCAUCGCGGAGAAGGCUCGUCGCUUCUGGUGGGGUCAACAGAUCGAGCUUGCGACGAUCUCAUGGAGCUUAUUACUAGCCAUCGAGGGAAGACGUCGGAACAUCCCCUCUGUCUGGGCCUACCUUGCGUUGGCUCACCUCGUCAGCUUGUCUUUAGCCCAGAAUCUGUUUUACCUGGCAUUACUCCUCACGCCUGCUUCAGCCGUCGCCCAGCCAAACCCAAACUCGACUCUGGGACGUCUUCAUCGCAAAAUGUUCCCCCCGAAACCCGCAAACUGGCUUCCACACCCGGCUUUGUUCCUAGCUUCGUUCUGUACCACGUAUGUCUUGACAUACUGGGCACCCUCAACGACAGGCACAGCGACUUUUGCCAAGAUCGCAGUGAUCGGACGAGUCCUUUCGUUUGCGCCCAUGGUUAUCCCUUCAGUGGCCCCGAUCAGCUGGGGAACAAUGUACAGCGACCCUCAUGGGGCAUAUGGCAUCUACAUUGAGCUCUUCCGAUUCGUCUCUACGGCGAGUUUUGCUUUCCAUGCCAAGGAGACCGCACUUGGCCUACUCUACAACACGCCCGAUGCCCGCUUCCAUCGCCACAGUCGAUUCCUUCCGUUUGACAAAGGGCAGCGCUCGACAUGGGAGCGGACAACAACGGCGAUCGGCAAGGUUUUGGGAUCAGCAUCCGAUCAUCCCGUCGUCGCUGCUGUGGCAUGGGACGUUUUGCUCAGCGGAGCCAGCCAAGGAUUAUGGGCAGCAACACGUGCGUUGGAUGUGAACGACAUUCUAGCCUCUGCAACACCGUUCGUCCAGAAGGAUCUUUCGAAUGCGCAGCCACCGCCCAGGCUGCUGGAAGGAUACGACAAAUCAGCGCCGGAAUCGGAAUCGUACAGCCACACCGGCACCAAAACCACGCGACGCAGAAGCCCCCUAUCCAAGGCGAAAGCCGAAGAAACAACAGCUUCCGAGACACCUGGGUCUGGAAGCACCCACCGAGGCCGAGGCCGACGACACACGGAAGAAUCCGGUGAGGGACCGGAAGAUACGUACGAGCCGAGCCCAGUGGAAAGCUGUGCUGCGGUAGAGGGCGACGAGCUGCCAGAUAGUGAUUUGGACUGGGAAUCCGCAGCGUUGACCUGGGGCCUCACAGCCUUGGGCGGACUUGGAUCUAGUAGUGCCGGUGUUUUUGGGGCCGAGUGCACAUCUCGAUGA